AAUUAAAUGAGCUACUCUUAAGAGUUCUCACCAUUGUCAAUAAAGGAGGAAAUGUAUUUUUAAAAUGAAACUGAAUCAAUAUCAUUAGAAUAAUAAUUACAAAUUGCAAAUGAAAAAGUUAAUUAACUAAUGCAGUAUUAGCAAUAAUUAAGGUAUUUUGUACAUAACUAUCUGAGUGAAGAACUAGAGCACUUGCAUUAUAAAUAUAAUGAGGCUUAGUAGGAAAAUUAAAUCCUAAGUAGUAAACAUAGAUAAGACCCUGAUGAAAUAAAGUUUCUGAAUUGUGUUCUCGAUAUGGUGAGAGUUUGUCAUCCAUCUGAUAAAUAAAUAACUCUAAAAUAUGCAUGGAAAUGGUUAAAAUAUGUUGUUGAUGAUUAUAUUGAAUUAAGAAAGCGAAAUAAAUGCGCGAAUUCUUAAUGCAAUGUUUUCAAUAAUCCUAAAAAAGAUUCUAUAGUUGUAGGAGAUUUGUUAAGAAAAAACUGUUAAGUAGCCGAGAGCUAAUAUUUAAAGCAUUCUAAAUUACACAAUUGA